UCAGAUUCGCUUUAUGAAUAUGGAGGAAAGUGACGUGGAUGCUAUAAAAGAUGAUCUUCUACGAACCUUGAAUCACGACUCCUGAUUCGGACUUGCCUAUAUAUAUUUGGUGGAAGGCGCAUUUCUAUUGUGCUCUCGCGAGGACGGUUUUCCUAGUUUCUAGUUCUUGAUACCCGGCACUAUAUACAUUCCAUUUUUAUUUUUCACCUCCCAGCACCAAUCCUCCAAGAUAUGAGGUAUCUGGUAUUCUUUUCGUAAUCCUACUAUUCAGUUGCUUUUACAACCUAAUUUCGAAUUCAAUAUCCAUUUUGCGACUGAGGACGACUAGAGCAUUGGCUAUGUUCGAACAACUUCAUCCCGGUAUAAUCUGUGCCAUUGCUCUAAUCCCGGCCGUUCUGAUUGUGAUUGUCGCUUUAACAAUUUUAAAGGGGUUUAAUCUCAUAUCACAUCUCUGCAACUGCCGAUCAAAGUCACGAAGCGAACAGCUGGCGCCAACGCACCCUACCAGCCUUAUAGACAAUACAGGAGGAAGUUUUACAACUAUUAAGAGCAGUUUCAUUGGCCAAGUUAGAAACGAGUCUCUUGGGUCUAUUGUUCGGCCGUUGCCUGUUCACUAUGCAAGAUAGCCCGUCGUCAGGCAUGGAUAUCCCAUCGCCGCUACAUAUAAUAAAGAGAGGAAAGUCGAUGCAGGUCCUCCGCUACACCCCCAGGAAGAUCAGCAACGAAAGUGUUGGUGAUGGUCCUAAUCAGCCAUUAACCAUUGUAAAAAAUCGGAAAUAUCAGAGUAGACCCAUUAUAAGGAAACCUUCUACUCGUGUUGAGGAAUUAGUCCUCGACCGAAGUUUUCAGGAGCAAUCUGGAGGCGUUGUCCCGAAUACUGCUUCGAAUAGUGCUUGGGAUCCCGUCACUCCGAAACCUAAAAAGGUUCCAGUAUCUCGCCGGUCAUCGAGCUUGCAAGCUGGACGACCGACAUCUCCUACAUUUCUCUCGAGGUUACGCUCGUUAUCUACUCGCAAGACCCUAUCUUCAAAAGCUGCGUAUUAUCAGCGUAAUCCGCAGGCCUGUAGCAACUCCCCAGAUGAGUCGAUACUCAAGUCUUCUAAUGGAUGCGUAACGACUAGUUCGUGGGAUCAGUCGUCGAAUUCUGACUAUUCAAUACCUCCUACACAUCCUUAUGAAUUCGAGACAAACAGAUUUGAUAGCCGCUCUUUCACAAGUGCCCAAGGACUGGAUGACACUGUCCCUGAUCCCUACAUACUCGUCCCGCACGUCUCCAUUAUACCGGAGUCGAAAUCACUAGAAGAUGGACAAUCGAAUAUUUGGGCAGCUAUUGAGAUAUCGGGUCGGCUGUUUCAUCCCCGGGCCGAUGACUCAACCUAUGACGCCGACCAGGUUCCUUUCACACCCGUUCACCAUUACGACAUCGGUUUAUCAAGAUAUGGCUAUCUAUAUAACAUAAGGAUAGACAUUUUACCUAUUGCGGAGGGCAGUGUUGUCGAUCUUAUAGGUGAUACUACGAUAAGGACAAUAAGCCCUGGCUCUAGCCUCCUCUUAUUAGCUUGUAUCCGGCUGGGGACUUCGAAAUCCAGAAAAUCAAGAGCAUCCAGGGAUGAUCCUGAUAGUCUUAUUGCCGACCUUGAAAACCAGCUAGGGAGUGCCCAGACUGAAUACCUGCAAGUCAGGGUUCAUUACUGUCAUUCAGGAUUUCCUGCAUUUAGUGACAAUAUUACUGAAGACGAUGCUGAAGGCAAUGUCUCGACGUAUCAAACUCGAUUAGAAACGGUAGUGACAGGGACCAUAAAGCAGCAUACUUCAACAUCUACGUGGUCUCCUCGACCGACUUCCACGACCAAUCCUUUAUUUCCUAUUAUUGCUUCUCACUGGGGACCAGUUCGUGCCAACGAAGUCAUGCAAAGAAUCAUAUCGAAUCGUCCGAGCUCCCGCAGGGCAGCUAGAUGGAUGGGGAUGGGACAACCCGACAGAACUGAAGAUAUCCUCCAAGUACCAAAUCGGACAGGAACAGCUCCUCCCAUCCCCCGACGGCAGGCUAGUCUCAAGCGGUUGUCCCCGGAAAGAAUCUCCGACCCGGCCCGGAAAAUAUGGACAGAACUGCGCCGGACGUCCUCCGGCAACCGCCCAGCCUUUCACGUGAGCAAAGCCAACCGACUCCCCGCCGCUACGACUUUUGUGGAGGCGCCUAACUCCAACGCAACCAUACGUCCGGGGUCGACGCGGCCCGAGUCCAGGUCCGAGGUUCAGCGGCAGCGGGAGAUGAUACGGGAGACCGCAGUGCGCAAUAGAAGGUCUAUAGGUGCCGAUAGUCUAAAGAGCUUGGUGCCGUCGGUGAUUGAUACAGAUCCGGGAAGUAGGGACGAUAGUACUCUUAGUUCGCCAAGCCCACCCGAUAAACAAGAGGUGCAUUGUGACAAACGCAAACGAGAGGGACGUUGGAGCUUAGGGGGUUGGUGGUGAAUACUUGAAUUAGAAAGUGGAUGGCAUUGGACGUAACUAUAGAAUAAUUCCGUUAAUAAGAGUAUCGGUGAAACUUUUUGGAUAGUCUAGUUG